AGAAGUUUGAAGUUCAUGAGAGUGUUUCAGUAACAUCAACUGCCCAGUUCAGUCCGUGGGCCGAUGGGGACACAGCAACAGAUGUUUUGGACCCUUGUAGGUUGCGGGGCAUGGCUUCUGUGCAAUCUGGGGCUCGCAGCAGCAAUUCCCGUCGUCACCAGCGGCCAAACCACAGAAACAGAGUCUUUCCCUACAGACUUUCUUCUCUGGGGGACGGAGGGGGACUACUUUGAUGCCACAACUUUAAUGACCACCGAGAGGAGCACCAUUGUCACGGCGCCACUUCAACCCACGGAACAAUUUGCUUCUGCACCUCUGGGCCCUGGAGGCAUAUCUGGAGAAAACCAAGGUGCCAACUCUUCCAGUCCGGUCGAGACAGAAACGUUGGAUUCUGAGCUGGCUUCUGCCGAAGGAAAUGGAGAUCCUGAGGGCGAAUUGCACAAUGGAGACCUCACCACACCGGGAGAAACCAGAGAGGAAGCAACGGAGAUCCCUAUGGCAUCAGGGGAAGCCUUCACCAAUGCAAACGCUUCAAAAGCUUCUUUGGAAACAGGGGUGGCUGAAUCCACAACAGUAGGAGUAGCAGACGGAAAAGCCACACCAGCCAUUUUGCUUUCUGAAGAAACGCCUGACCCUUCCGCAGAAGCACAACCAGAAGCCACAGAGUUUAUAAAAGACAUUUACUCCCGUGUAACUGAUUCGCCCCUUCCUGUUGCCGACAGUGAAGAAAAGAUCUUGGAAUCUCCUUUGGGGGAAGAGAGAGAGAAUGCCAGUUCUACUUCUUCCCCAUCGGUUGUGGAAGGAGAGAUGCCAUCAGAUACAGUCUCUGUAGAAGCCACUAUUGACAAUGGAUUAAAACCCACCGUAACGCCAUGGGAAGAACCGCAAAGCACCAUCUUAGUACCAAGUGUGGGGGCUCUGGAAUCUUCCACCGAUGCUCACAGUGCGUCAACCGCCUCAGCAGUUCUUCCUGACAGUGCGGAAGAAAUCAGUAAGACCAGUUCCACCGUUUCACCAUCAUUUGCAGGAGAAGAGAAAACACCAGAUGCGGGCACUGCAGAAACCGAUACCGAUAAUGGAUUAAAACCCACAGCAGCACCAGAGGAAGAACUGACAAACACCAUCUUAGGACCGAGUGGGGGACUGCCAGACUCUUCCACCGAUGCUCACGGUGCGUCAGCGAUCCCAGCAACUCUUCCUAGCAACUUGGAAGAGCUGCUUCCAGAAGAAGCAGACGCCACCCCUGCCCCUGGACUUUCCCAUUCGCUGCCUCCAGAGAACGGUGCCGAAGAAGCAAAGCAGACCGCGCCGUCGGAGUUGCCCCCUUCUGGUGUGACAUCGCUCAGCAACGUGGAAACACCUCCUGCAUCCGUUCCAGAAGACGCAACCUCUGCCUCACAAUCAGAGACACCCGAGGGAGACGACGUUCCUGCAGGCCUUGACAACGGCACAGCUCCACCUUUGAGUUCGAUUGAAGAAACAGCUGGUUUGGAGUCGUCCGGUGGUAAGCAGCCCCUCGUCACCAGCACCGGAGCUCCAAGCCAAACCAUUCCCUCAUCCUCAAAAGCAAUUCCAGCGAGUCCUGCAUCUCUCAGAGACGUGCCUUCUGGCCCCUCCAGCUCAGAGAAUCAAGGAGGGCAAUCUUCCUUAAGGCCAUCACCUGGAAGUCUUUCUCCUCAAAGCGGUGAAGUGGCAGAAAGUAGCAAGGCUGGCGAAGCAGAAGGGAAUAACACCCCCUCUGACGCAGCUUCUUCAAGGGAAAACUCGUCUCUUCCUCUUGAUUCAAACGCUGCAGGAGCCCAAUCUCAAGUCCCUGCUGGUUCUCCGGGUCCCAACCAGUCACCUCCAGUUGGUGCAUCAGCAGUGGGGCCUUCAGCUUCAGAGGAGGCCAAGGAAUUAGAAGAUUCUUCAGGUAACAGCGGAAAGAAACCCCUUUUGGAUGCACCUUCCGCAGAAUCACAAUCAGAUGUCCCUUCCGCUGCUGAAGAAGGCACCGGCUCAGCAAGCAGUCAGGAAUCUCAGCCGUCUCCAGGUGGUGCAGCGACAGCAGGAAACGAAACUUCGAAAGUGUCGGAAGAUGAGGAAGGCUCUUCUGGAACAAGGGGGAAGGAAAUGCCUCCUGGUUUGCCAAAUGCAGAAUCACAGGCACCUGGAGCAUCUGCAGAGGAAGCUUCGAGUGGUCUUGGCACCGGGGGGUCCCCCCCAUCCGAAGAAAACACCAGCCUGGAAGAAGCAGACAGCGAGGGAUCUCGGACGUCUCCAGAUGAGGCCUCAACAGCUGGUUCUAGAGGUUCUCCGGGAGCAGAAGAGCCUGGAGGCUCCUCGGGAGCAGGUGCUUUAGGUAACCCAGGUGCAAAGCCACAAUCACCUGGAACAUCUACAAGUGAGACUUCAGGAGGCCUCGGCAAAGGAGGUUCAUCUCUAUCAAACGAAGGAGAGGAAACAAUCAAUUCGGGGACAACAUCUAGCAAAAGCUUGCAGCCCUCUCUGGAUAGCACAGCAGCCCCGGAGCCUGCUGCCUCAGAGGAGGCGGAAGAAUUUGAUGGAUCGUCCAAAGCAUGUGGGAAGGAAACAGAACUGGGUUCACCAGCGGCAGAGUCUGGAGGCUUUGGUGAUGGAAGAGCCUGCCAUUUCACUCUAGCCGUUGAAAGCACUCGCUCGGGGUCAGCGGCCGAUCAGCCGUCUCAGCCGUCAGCUGACGAUGAACCGGUUGUUGGAUCUGGAACUUCUGGGGGUGCGGGAGGAUCAGACGUUUCUUCUAGUCUCGGCGGGAAGAAAACACCUUCGGCUUCAUCAGCCGUAGAGCCGCAGGCGCCUGAAACGUCUGCAAGCGAAGAGGUUUCUGAAGCCUUUGGUGAUGGAAGACCAUCCCAGUUAUCGGAAAAGGAAGAAAUCACCAGUUCAGGCUCAACAGGGGAUAAAGAAUCUCAGCCCUCUCCAGAUGUCCUGGCAUCAACCGGGCCUGCAGCUUCUGAGGAGGCAGAAGAAAAAGAAGUCACCUCAGAACUAGGCCAGAAAGAAAAACCAAGUGAAGCGAUUUCUGAAGGCCUUGAGAACAGAAAACCUCCCACGUCCACAGAAGAGGUAAAUACAGAUGACUCCAAAUCUGAAGGCAAUCAGGGAUCCCAACCAGAUGAGGCAGCACCUUCUGAUGGGACAGAAGAACCGGAAGGCUCCUCUGGUGUGAGUGGGAAGGAAACACCUCUAGGCGCAGUUGCUCCAGAAUCACCAUCCACAGGAGAAAUUUCUGGAGGCCUUACCAAUGGGAGAGUCUCCAACUCCCCUGAUGAGGUGGAAAACACUGGCCCAGAAAAAGAAGGCAGUGAAGGACCUCAGACAUCUCCAGGAGAUGCUUCAGCAGUUGGGUCUAGCGCCCCUGAGGCACCAGCGGACUCUCAGGUCACCGACGAAGCACCUGAAAACGGAACACCUUUGGCUAACUCAGACGCAGGGCCUCAAUCACUGGGAACAUCUACAGGAGGUAAUUCUGGAGGUCUCUCGAGUGGAAGAGUCUCCAACGCCUCUGAAGGGGUGGAAAACACUGGCCCAGAAGAAGCAAACAGUGAAAGAUCUCAAGUCUCUUCAGAUGAUGCUACAGAGGUUGGAUCUAGAGUUUCUAAGGCACCAGAAGAGUUUGAGGGCACCAACCAAGCAAGUGCAAAUGGAGCACCUUUAGUUGAUCCAGAUGCAGAGCUGCAAUCACCAGGAUCAUCAAGAGGGGACACUCCUGGAGACCUUGGCAGCGGUAGAACCUCCAGCUCCCCUGAUGGGGUGGAAAACACUGCCCCAGAAAAAGAAGGCAGUGAAGGACCUCAGACAUCUCCAGGUGAUGCUGCAGCAGUUGGAUCUAGCGUUUCCGAUGCACCAGAACAAUCUGAUGGCACCAAUAAACCAAAUGCAAAUGGAAUACCUUCAGCUAACUCUAAUGCACCAGAAAUACCUGCAGGCACUGCUGAAACUAGUGUCAAUGGAGUAUCUUUAGUUAACUCAGAUGCUGAGCCACAACCACCAGGAGCAUCUAGAGGGGACACUUCUGGAGAUCUUGGCAAUGAGAUUACCUCAGAUUCUACUAAUAGGGUGGAAAACACUGUCCCAGAAAAAGAAGGCAGUGAAGGACCUCAGACAUCUCCGGGAGAUGCUUCAGCAGUUGGGUCUAGUGCCCCUGAGGUACCAGCAGAAUCUCAGGUCACUGAAGAAGCUCCUGAAAAUGGAACACCUUUGGCUAACUCAGAUGCAGAGCCUCAGGCUACACCUACAGGAGAUAAUUCUGGAGGCCUCUCCAGUGCAAGUGACUCCAGUUCUCCUGCAGGGGUGGAAAACACUGGCCCAGAACAAGCAAACAGUGAAGGACCUCAAGUAUCUACAGAUGAGGCCUCUGCAACUGGACCUAGAGUGUCUCCAGCACCAAAAGAAUCUGAGGGCAUCGGUGAAACAAGUGCAAAUGGAGUACCUUUGUCAGAUGGACAGCCACAAUCCACAGGAACAUCUGGAGGGGAUACUUCUGGAGACCUUGGCAAUGGGAGCACCUCCAAGUCCCCUAAUGGGGUGGAAAGCACUGGCCCAGAAAAAGGUGACAAUGAAGGAUCUCAGACCUCUCCAGAUGAUACUGCAGCAACUGACUCUAGAGCUACUAAUGCACCAAAAAUACCUGAAGGCACUGCUGAAACUAGUGCAAAUGGAGUGCCUUUGGCCAACUCAGAUGGACAGCCACAACCCCCAGGAACAUCUGGAGGGGAUACUUCUGCAGACCUUGGCAAUGGGAGCACCUCCAAGUCCCCUGUUGGCACUGGCCAAGAAAAAGCAGAUGGUGAAGGACCUCAAGUAUCUCCAGAUGAGGCCUCAGGAACUGGACCUAGAGUUUCUCCAGCGCCAAAAGAAUCUGAGGGCACCAGUGAAACAAGUGCAAAUGGAGUACCUUUGGCCAACUCAGAUGGACAAUCAGUAGGAACAUCUGGAGGGGACACUUCUGCAGACCUUGGCAAUGGGAGCACCUCCAAGUCCCCUGUUGGCACUGGCCAAGAAAAAGCAGAUGGUGAAGGACCUCAAGUAUCUCCAGAUGAGGCCUCAGGAACUGGACCUAGAGUUUCUCCAGCGCCAAAAGAAUCUGAGGGCACCAGUGAAACAAGUGCAAAUGGAGUACCUUUGGCCAACUCAGAUGGACAAUCAGUAGGAACAUCUGGAGGGGACACUUCUGCAGACCUUGGCAAUGAGAGCACCUCCAAGUCCCCUGUUGGCACUGGCCAAGAAAAAGCAGAUGGUGAAGGACCUCAAGUAUCUCCAGAUGAGGCCUCAGGAACUGGACCUAGAGUUUCUCCAGCGCCAAAAGAAUCUGAGGGCACCAGUGAAACAAGUGCAAAUGGAGUACCUUUGGCCAACUCAGAUGGACAAUCAGUAGGAACAUCUGGAGGGGACACUUCUGCAGACCUUGGCAAUGGGAGCACCUCCAAGUCCCCUGUUGGCACUGGCCAAGAAAAAGCAGAUGGUGAAGGACCUCAAGUAUCUCCAGAUGAGGCCUCAGGAACUGGACCUAGAGUUUCUCCAGCACCAAAAGAAUCUGAGGGCAUCGGUGAAACAAGUGCAAAUGGAGUACCUUUGGCCAACUCAGAUGGACAAUCAGUAGGAACAUCUGGAGGGGACACUUCUGCAGACCUUGGCAAUGGGAGCACCUCCAAGUCCCCUGUUGGCACUGGCCAAGAAAAAGCAGAUGGUGAAGGACCUCAAGUAUCUCCAGAUGAGGCCUCAGGAACUGGACCUAGAGUUUCUCCAGCGCCAAAAGAAUCUGAGGGCACCAGUGAAACAAGUGCAAAUGGAGUACCUUUGGCCAACUCAGAUGGACAAUCAGUAGGAACAUCUGGAGGGGACACUUCUGCAGACCUUGGCAAUGGGAGCACCUCCAAGUCCCCUGUUGGCACUGGCCAAGAAAAAGCAGAUGGUGAAGGACCUCAAGUAUCUCCAGAUGAGGCCUCAGGAACUGGACCUAGAGUUUCUCCAGCGCCAAAAGAAUCUGAGGGCACCAGUGAAACAAGUGCAAAUGGAGUACCUUUGGCCAACUCAGAUGGACAAUCAGUAGGGACAUCUGGAGGGGACACUUCUGCAGACCUUGGCAAUGGGAGCACCUCCAAGUCCCCUGUUGGCACUGGCCAAGAAAAAGCAGAUGGUGAAGGACCUCAAGUAUCUCCAGAUGAGGCCUCAGGAACUGGACCUAGAGUUUCUCCAGCGCCAAAAGAAUCUGAGGGCACCAGUGAAACAAGUGCAAAUGGAGUACCUUUGGCCAACUCAGAUGGACAAUCAGUAGGAACAUCUGGAGGGGACACUUCUGCAGACCUUGGCAAUGGGAGCACCUCCAAGUCCCCUGUUGGCACUGGCCAAGAAAAAGCAGAUGGUGAAGGACCUCAAGUAUCUCCAGAUGAGGCCUCAGGAACUGGACCUAGAGUUUCUCCAGCGCCAAAAGAAUCUGAGGGCACCAGUGAAACAAGUGCAAAUGGUGUACCUUUGGCCAACUCAGAUGGACAAUCAGUAGGAACAUCUGGAGGGGACACUUCUGCAGACCUUGGCAAUGAGAGCACCUCCAAGUCCCCUGUUGGCACUGGCCAAGAAAAAGCAGAUGGUGAAGGACCUCAAGUAUCUCCAGAUGAGGCCUCAGGAACUGGACCUAGAGUUUCUCCAGCGCCAAAAGAAUCUGAGGGCACCAGUGAAACAAGUGCAAAUGGAGUACCUUUGGCCAACUCAGAUGGACAAUCAGUAGGAACAUCUGGAGGGGACACUUCUGCAGACCUUGGCAAUGGGAGCACCUCCAAGUCCCCUGUUGGCACUGGCCAAGAAAAAGCAGAUGGUGAAGGACCUCAAGUAUCUCCAGAUGAGGCCUCAGGAACUGGACCUAGAGUUUCUCCAGCACCAAAAGAAUCUGAGGGCAUCGGUGAAACAAGUGCAAAUGGAGUACCUUUGGCCAACUCAGAUGGACAAUCAGUAGGAACAUCUGGAGGGGACACUUCUGCAGACCUUGGCAAUGGGAGCACCUCCAAGUCCCCUGUUGGCACUGGCCAAGAAAAAGCAGAUGGUGAAGGACCUCAAGUAUCUCCAGAUGAGGCCUCAGGAACUGGACCUAGAGUUUCUCCAGCACCAAAAGAAUCUGAGGGCACCAGUGAAACAAGUGCAAAUGGAGUACCUUUGGCCAACUCAGAUGGACAAUCAGUAGGAACAUCUGAAGGGGACACUUCUGCAGACCUUGGCAAUGGGAGCACCUCCAAGUCCCCUGUUGGCACUGGCCAAGAAAAAGCAGAUGGUGAAGGACCUCAAGUAUCUCCAGAUGAGGCCUCAGGAACUGGACCUAGAGUUUCUCCAGCGCCAAAAGAAUCUGAGGGCACCAGUGAAACAAGUGCAAAUGGAGUACCUUUGGCCAACUCAGAUGGACAAUCAGUAGGAACAUCUGGAGGGGACACUUCUGUAGACCUUGGCAAUGGGAGCACCUCCAAGUCCCCUGUUGGCACUGGCCAAGAAAAAGCAGAUGGUGAAGGACCUCCAGUAUCUCCCGAUGAGGCCUCAGGAACUGGAUCUAGAGUUUCUCCAGCACCAAAAGACUCUGAGGGCACCAGUGAAACAAGUGCAAAUGGAGUACCUUUGGCCAACUCAGAUGGACAAUCAGUAGGAACAUCUGGAGGGGACACUUCUGCAGACAUUGGCAAUGGGAGCACCUCCAACUCCCCUAAUGGGGUAGAGAACACUGGCCCAGAAAAAGAUGGAAGUGAAGGAUCUCAAACACCGCCAGAUGAUUCUUCAGCAGCUGGAUCUAAAGUUUCCGAGACACCAGAAGAAUCUGAGAACAAUAAUGAAGCGAGUGAAAAUGGAGCACCUUCAGCUAACUCAGAUGCAGAGCCACGGUCACCAGGAACGUCGGCAGCGGAGAAUCCUGAAAGCCUUAACAAUGGAAAAGUUUCCAGCUUCCCUGAUGGGGUAGAAAACUCUGGCCCAGGAAAAGCAGAUAGUGAAGUUUCUCAGUCAUCUCCAGGUGAUGCCUCAGCAACUGGAUCUAAAGUUUCCAAUGCACCAAAAGAACCUGAAGGCACCAAUGAAGUAAGUCCAAAUGCAGUACCUUUGGUUGACUCGGAUGGAGAGCUUCAAUCACCAGGAAAAGGGAAGACUUCUGGGGAUCUUGGCAAGGGGAAAUCAGGAGUUAAGGGUAAAGGAGGAAAAUCCUCCAACCUCAAAGGACCUGAAGCCAUUGACGCUGCUGACCAGAAAUCGUCUCCUUCCACCCUUGUAUCUUCAGGCUCAAAGACCGGAAAGCCAGGGUCUAAUCCUGAUUCCCUGUCACCGUCCCGUCCCUCUUCUGCAAGUAAGUCCGUUGGUGGGGAAAAGGAAGGCAAACAAACCAAAGCACCUCCACCAGGUAAAUUGGAUGCUCGCCUGGCGAGUUCCAGAGUUGCCCCAGAAGCAACAAAAUCAACACGCACCACUAACAAGCCAUCGGAUAAGAAAUCCGGUUCUGGUUCAAGGAGCUCAAAAAAUGAGAAACCAGCUGCUGUCAGUGUCGAUGCAGCAAACUCGGGCCGUGCAGGAACAGCUUCCAUGUCUGCACCAUCAGCAGUAUCGCUGUUACCUUACGGACCAAACGCAAAGGAUAAGGAGUAUGUGGAACGGAAACAGGAUUUCAACUCCCCGAGGUUCAAGCCUGAGAUUGGAGUCCCGCUGGGAAAAACGUUGCACGAUUCCCUCUACUACACAGACAACGGACAAAUAAUUUUCCCAGCCUCUGAUAAAGAUGCUCCCAGCUACCCUAACCCGCCUCCCAAAGGAUUUAACGGUCGUGAGCAGCCACCAAUGAUAGCUGUGUUUUGGGACAACGCCGACUUCUCCAAAGGCAGCGGUACCACUUUCUACCAGGAAUACGUCACCCAGAAAUCUGCCACUCACCCCGUGGUGCGGGACGUGGAAGGGAAGAUUCGCCAAUAUGUGGAGCCUUCCUUCUCGGCCAGAUGGACCCUCAAGAUCACCUGGGUGAAGGCCCAGCCUUACCCUGCACAGAAGCAGGACGCAGGAACGAACACUUACCAGGCUGUUCUCACCACGGAUGGGUACACAUCUUACGUCCUUUUCCUGUAUCAAGAUGGUGGGAUGCGAUGGGAUUACACCAAACUUGCGUCCACAAAUGUGCUGAUAGGUUACACCAGCGGUGACGGAUUUUCCAAAAAUGACGGUCUGAUUGAUAAAACGCCAGCUGAGAAAUACCGGCCAGAUCAAUGGAAGGGCUACAACACAGAUGUGCGAGGUCUUUGGAUAUACAAGCUCUACAGCCGGCCCCAGGUGAACUACAGGCAAAGAUGCCUUGAUUGGAUCGACCACGAGAACGAGCCGUCAGUCUGGAACAAAGACCUGCCCUCCUGCCCCUGCUCUCUGGAGCAAGGCGUGUCCGAUGGACGCUACACCCUCAGCAAAAAAGGUGUGUCAGGCUCCCGUUUUACAAUGCUAUCUUCCUCCACCCCAAACCCAUACGGCUCAGGGGUCCGUUGCCUGUACGGUGACAAUAACCAGUUUCUGGAAGGACGUCAGGAGAGAAUCUGGAGGGAUCUGCACAAAAAGAACAUCGGCAAUGAUGAAGAGUUGAAAUUCUACGACUGGUGCUGUAACCGGGCAGGAAGCCAACAGGUCUGUGACAAGUACAGCCAGAAAAGACCCAAGAUCAGCUGCGAUGGAUCCAGGCCUCCUGUACGAGGUACGUCACGGAAAGAGAAGCUGAGCAGUGAAUCGGAGGAAGAAAGAGGCGGACACUGACGUAGCUGCUUUCUUCCUUACAGACUGAAGACUACCCUCUUCUGACCCUUCUUUUUCUGCAACGGAUUGACCUCAGCGGCUCUUCCAAUUACAGCUUUGUUGAAACAAGCCUUUUGCUCCUCUGUUUUAUGAAGGAGCCAAACUAGGAAGCUAUUACCAAAUCCUUUAUUUUUGGAAUAAUGGUCAUUGCUGAAUAAAAGUGCCUUUAGUUC